UCUAUCUAUCCAAUUCGGAAUUGAUGUAAAAGGAGUAAGUAAACGAACUGUCGCCAGUCGUGGUAUGUAAUGUAUGUACAUUAACUAACUACACCUUGUCGCAGUGGCCGAGGAAGCGUGGGUGCGGACAAUGUCCCCACAGUUAUUCGAUGUCCGCAUCAUCUCCCCAUGUUAUAUAAACCCCACCCUCCCCCAUCCUGCAAUCUACAAUGUUAACGUCCCCACACCUUCCGCGGCCAAUGUCUUCAUGAACUUGGCUGAUUAAACACCUUUACUCAUGAACCGAUGAUGGACUGACGUAAGUCAUUGUCUCGCGGACAUCAAUCCAAUGGGCUUUACAUUACAUGAUUCAUUCCAUACUUCUCUCCAGCCAGGAUAAUUACUUACAUACCUGGCAAACGUUUCUUUUAUGAUAACUCCUGGAAAAAGUGCGUUUUUGGUUAAGCAUAUAAAUACCAUUUUACGAAAGAUCGUACUCAUUCUUAACUUGACAAGGUGAUAAGCUACACCUGAAAAUGUCUCUGGUUUGGCAGAACGUAUCAUUUAAAGCGAGUGGGUCCAUUUGUUCCAGUAUAAGGCUUGGUUGUUGCUGCGGUUCGUGCGGUUUGGUGGAAAAUGAAAAUGCCAAAAUUUUGCACGAUUUGAGCGGAAAAGUCGACCCUGGCGAGUUAUGCGCGCUCAUGGGGCCGUCCGGAGCGGGGAAGAGCACCCUGCUGAAAUUUAUCACACAGGGGAAAAAUCAUCGAGGGUGUGACGGUCAAUUGUGGGUCACGGUGGAGAAGGAUGUCAAGGCCGCGUUUAUAACGCAGGAUGAGAAGGAUCAUCUUCUCAGCAAUUUGACGGUGUAUGAGUCGCUGUACUACGCGUCGGAGUUGAAAAAUCCUAAAAAUACGAGGGCAUGGAGGCAUAAGGAUAUCGUAGAUAUCGUUUUGGAGGAUCUAGAACUGGACAAAAUUAAGAAUAAUAUGGUUGGAAAGUGUUCCGGUGGAGAGAGAAAGAGGAUCGCGAUAGGGCAAGAAUUGGCGUGUGAGGAUAAACCGGAUUUUUUGUUUCUUGAUGAGCCGACAAGUGGACUCGACAGUUACUCGGGAUUUAACGUCGUAUUUCUCCUCCGAAAAUUAGCACAAACUCAAAAAAUGUCCAUCAUCACGACCAUCCACCAACCCAGUUUCGACAUGCUGGAACAAUUUCACAAAGUCUACACAAUCUCAAAAGCCGGAAACUGCAUUUACAACGGACCCCCGGACAACAUUCAGCCCACUUUGGCCACCUACAAUUUCAAAUGUCCCAAAACUGCCAACCCUGCCGACAGCAUUAUUAAAGUCGCGUCAUCCGUCAAUCGCGACGACCUAAUCGUAGGCACCAUAGGAAACUAUGAGAUCCUUCAGAUCGAGAUGCAAAACAUGAUCGCGGACGAAGAUGUCGAAGUGGACGAAGACGAAGACGACGCGUAUGACGAUCUCAACCAAAAUCGAGUCCCUCUCAGUCUGGUGGAAGAUCUGAAAAAUAACAGACUGAUUUGUGACGAGAUGACGCAACGUGUCUUAUCCGAGUGGGACGGAAGCAGCAUUUCCCCUGGUCGACAUAUUGAGGGAGAAGGCCUCUGCAAACCAAGGGCCACUUUUUGCCUUAAGGACCUAUGGAUUCUGCUCAAACGGGCGGGACGAACGUCAAUUUGGCGACAACGGAAAUUGAUCCUGAUCCGGUUUGCGUUACACGUGGUUGUGGCCGGUGUGCUGACGACGCUGUACGGGAGAGAGCUGGGGGUCGCGGAUGGGUGAUAUGUCCCCAAUGAUACGGCUCUUUUUAACGACGGGGUCAAAGUCACGGCAGAAAAAACGUUAAGAAAUGAGAGCUUUACGAGUCAAAAUGUGAAAUUUCAAUUUUUUAGUUUACUUUUUCUCAUGUUUGCGGCCUUGAUGCCGACCGUGCUCGCGUUUCCGGCGGGGAUUCAGCUAUUCCUUAACGAACACCGAAACGGAUGGUACAGUACGGGAACAUAUUACAUAUCGAAAACCCUGCUCGAAAUCCCUUGCCAAUUCGCCUUCCCAUUCUUCUACACUUAUCUUCUCUACUGGUACAGCGAACAAAUCGGGAUGGACACGUGGUACGGGGGAUUAUUCGGCUUCAUGUCGUGGCGCUACUCCGCCUUCCUUUGGAUCACGUUCCUCAGCUGCUUUAUCGCGCAGGGAUUAGGAUUUCUUAUCGGGAUAAUCUGCGUCGACUCGUUCAACAUCACGGUCAUCUUGUCCAGCACGAUUCUCCUCUUUUUGUUCCUGUUUUCAGGCUUUUCUGUGAAAACGAUUGCAAUGGCGGCAAGCGUGAAGUGGAUCACGAAUCUGUCAUUUAUCCGGUUCAGCUUUGAAUCACUGCUCAUCGUGAUUUACGGUUUUGAUCGGUGCACAUAUUUGCCGGGAGAUAUUGGAAACACGGUUUUAUACAUGUUUGACUUGAGCGAUUCGGAUUUGCGGAGGAAUGUAAUUUGGUUGUUGAGUCAUUUAAUCGUGAUCCGAGUGACAGCUUACGUUCUUCUGAAGAUGAAGGCGGAACCGAAUUUCUUGCGACCGGCGCCCGUCGUUUAUCGCGCGUUGACGAUGACCUCGUACGUGUUGGGACAUCUGAAGCCACUGUUUUCGAAAAUGGGGAGUUUGACAACGAUGGUUAUUCAGUUUUUGGUGAUUGUGGUGUUAGUACAGCUUGUGGUGGGAGGGGUUUUGCUGAUUUUUAAUCUUUUGCAGUAACGGAGAUUUAAAUUCCACUGUGUCAUUUUUUAUAUAUUUUACUAAUAAAAUUGUAAGUUUAGAUAAUUAGCGUUUCAUGGCGGCAUAAAAAGAGGAAAAGUUUUAAGUUUUUGUCUUGUCAAUAUUUCGAAUGCUAAAUAUCUGCAAUCAAGACAUGCGUAAAAAAUAAAAUAAAAAUUACUGCCUCACAUAUGUAUUUUCAUGAGUAUCGAAUAUUCUCAGGUGUAAACUCUGUUCACAAAUCACAGAUCUUCCGCAAUUAUUAUAAGUUUAUUUUUUAUAAAUCUCAGUUUCUUGAAAAUAUGU